AUCGAAUCAAAAGCGUCUUGUUUCAAGCAUGGACGGCAAAUGGGGGGCCUAGUGGCCCCAUUUUCGGUUUCUAUUUCAAAUCAAGUCGGUGUUGGGCGAUGCGCGCGCCGCGUUUUUCUCACCUGUCACCUGUCAAUUAAAUUAAAUUAAUUUUUGUGUGUUUUUGGUUUUUUGUGGUGGAAGAAGAAUGGGGAGAAGCCAAGUUAGACACCCCCUGGAGUCUCGUGUGUCGAAUUGGCGCCGUUAUUCGUCCGAACGACGAGAUUUUGCACUUCGUUCCAAAAAAUCAAAUAUUACCGCCGAAAGACUGACACUUUUACCUGGCUUUCUCUCGGAAGGGGUUAAAUGUUCCACGUCGCCCUCGCCGGAACAUGAACACCGUGCCCCUUUGAACCCCCCGAAGUUGCGCCGUUCGUGGAGACUCUCUAAGAAGAAUAACCAACCGGUCACAGUCUCAGGGUAUUUCAACAACUUUGUCUUGGAUUCAGAUCGGAGUCUUUUUCGCGAAAUUAAAAGUAAAUUUGCGAAGAAGUUUGAACGAGAGGUGUCCGACUCGGAUGACGAAUUCGGGGCUACAUUAUUCAGACAAUUAGGGGCUGUCGAAUUGCCCGAUUUGAAAGAAUAUAAGAGGAAAAUUCAGGAAGACAUUGAAUUGAUUAAUAGAGUUUUGACGGGGCAAGUCGGGAGGAAUAUGUCGUUGAGUAGGAAACGAGUCUAUAGUGAGGAGGAGAAGGAGAAUUUCCCGAUGAAAUUCUCCUACGUGCCUCCAUCCAGUUGGGUCUUCCAGACGCCCCCAAACAGGAAACUUAAUUACAGCAGAGCUAAAGUGGACGAAAAUGGAAUUAAACCAGCCGUUAUUGAAAAAAGAAACGAUGGAAAAGUUGUCUACGAAAUGAAUAAAAAAAUUAACGUUGAUUUGUCGGGGUUUAAUAAUAAACAAGAGAUUGAUAUUGACAAGAGAUACAUGGUGGAGGUUUCCACGUCAACACCGGAAGAACAAGAGGAGGAAUCUGAUAAGCGCACCUUCCUGCAAAGCGACCCCUUCGAGUUGGAAAACCACUUCUUGAGCUUAACUUCGCGUCCCAAAAAAGUCAUUUCGACAAUGUCCCGUGGCACGGCACUGAAACGCAAACAUGAUAUCUUUGAGCCACAAGCAGGUUGUUCAACUGAAGAAUAUAAACCAAACUUUUGUUUCAUGGAGAAUUUGAAUUUGAACGAUCCUGAGGAAUCUUUCACGUUCAAAUUUACAAGUAGCGAGUGCUACAACGGCUCAACGACUGGACAUUUGUUUGAUUUUGAUGGGAACAAGAAGGAUACUUUUAAUUUUCGUUUUUAAAGCACUGAUUAAGUGAGAGAGUAUCGAAUUUUAUUUUAUUUUUGGUCAUAUUGAGUUUAUUAUUUUUUAUUUGUGCAAUUGUUAGGGAUACACAGGAUUAAUUUUUCUUUAAUUAAUUUGAAGCGUUCCUAUUGCAAUAUUUCGGGUGUGUUCUCUGAUUCAAAGUCUGAAUUAAUUAUAUUAAGCUUAAAUGUUGUUAAUAAAAUAUCUGAAGUUUGA